GUUUACCUACCACACCUUUCGCACACGUACACACAGAGCCAGGAAGUGGAGUUUGGAGUGCAGAUUCAUCAACGAACUGCACAGUUGACGAACACUUCCCCCUCACUACGAUGAGUAGUCCGGCAUGCUCAAAGGUUCAGCGAUUCCACUAGGGAACAAAGUCGCAGUACCUGUGAAUGGUUCGGCAGCAUGCCGCUUUUGAGAAUCCAAGUCUGUUUUUUUCUUUUUGUUUUCGUUGCCUCAGGGAUCCAGUCGUUUACCUUCAUCCAUGAUGGAGAUACCACUGUCAACAUCAGCAGGCUGGCCAAAGGCUCAUCAUGCAAAGUGUGCACCGAGGGAAGGCAAAAUUGUGAAGAGGCGCUAUUGUUGAAAGUCGGCAACCCUGUUUCAGUGGAAUUCUCUUGCCCCCAACCUGAAGAUGAAUUCAAAGUGGAGAGCAUACAAAAUAUAGAAUGUACCAUCGAGGAAUGCGGUUGGUGGUCGGUUCCAGUCAGCACAUCGUGGUUGGAUUUCCACCGUAGGUUCACCUGGAACCUGAAGGCCUCUAGACCAAAGUCGGUCCAAGUGGACUUCCCAGAGACAGGCAUGAGACAGAUUCUUCCAUCUGAAAAGUGUCCAGAUAUGCACACCUAUACCUUCAAGGCCUUUCAGAAGACAGGCAGUGUGGUCAUUGGCAAAUACUGCACAACGGGCCCUAUCAGAAGUAUGCAAAUUCUAAACCAGGGUAGCUUCUCUUUGGAUGUCCCACCAGGACUGGAGGUCCAAAGUGACUAUUUUACCAUUUCUGUUGGAGAGGACAUCAAAUCUCUUGCCAAAGUUACAUUAUCUUUGUCACAUGGAACAUAUUCCUCUGAGUUGCUUUCUCCAAACUUCCCCGAGAGUUUUCCCGACGAUGACGUGAUGGAGUGGUACUUUGAGCUCACAAAUAAACAAAGAGCAGCGAUAGAGUUCCUUAACCUGACUGAGCCACGUUGUCUGAAGAAGGAAACUGCGGCCGAGUACCACAACAAAGGCAGGCUGGCGCUGGUGACGGCUCUGAAGGACACCCAACCUCUCCAGAGUCAGGGAGACUUUUCUCUGAUUCUCAGGAACUGUGAGAUGGAUAGAAGACGAGCUGGUUCUCCUGGACUCUCCCUGAAACUCAAGGUGACAGCUUUAAGGACGAGCGCACCAGUGAUUUGUAGCGUGGACCUGAAGAAAAUCAAUUACCUCUCUCUGCACUUGGAGAGACUGAACCUGUCCUCUGAAUGUGAAAUGAAGAUGAACUCUGUCAUCAUGGAGAAGAUUACAAUCCCAUCCGGAAAGGUUUCUCAACUGAAUUUUCGGGACUGUCUUCCUCAAGACAUCAGUGUCACAGCCAGUGGAGUCAUUGGUUGCAGUCAAUUUAAAGACUGCCCAAAGUUUCCAGUGCAUCUUGCGGUGCCCUUCUUACCCAGCUGCCUCCCAUCCCCCUUGAACGCGGUGACCUGGGCCCUCCGUCCUCCCCCCCACGGCACUGUGGAACUGACCUCUUUAAUGGGACCCCUGAAGCAGUCCCUGCCGGGUCAGCUGUGCGACGACAGUCUCAUUAGCUUGACCGAGGAUGACGGCAAGACUGUAGGCCACUUCUGUCCUCAGGGGGCCAUUCAGAAGGUCCAAAUCCACACCAACGUAACGGUCACCCUCUCAAAAAUGGGCAACCAAACACUGAGAUCGUCUGUGAAGCCUCUGUUGACUGCUCGUUUGAAAGAGGAGAUAACAGAAAGGUACAUAUUCACAUUAUCCCCAAAAAGAGACACGAGUCUCCUUUUGGCGACGCCCGGUUGGCCGGCGGGGAUGGAGUCCUACGCCACCGUCUCCUGGAUCAUCUCGCUACCCCCUAAAAUGGAAGCGCACUUGAAGUUCAUCCACCUCAGCCAGCCCAAGUGUGCCAACCGCCACACCAACAUUCGGGUGCAAACGUUUGACAGUUUGGAGGAGGACUACAGCCGAAGGGAGGACGAGGCGGCCGAGGAGGUCACCGUCACCGAGAGCUUCUACCUCAACAUGUCUAAUUGCAUGACAGAGCGAGGAGACUUCAUGGUCGUCACAGAGCUAACCGUCCAGAAAAACCAACUAUUGAUCAUCAUCUUGAGUGUGGUCGCUGCUCUGGUCCUCCUGUUCAUCGCUGUACUGGUGGCGGUCUGUAUCGUAAUUAAGAAGAAGAAAAAGAAGAUCAAUCAUCAGGUGUCCAUCUACAAUCCCAACGGCACCAUCUUCCUGCCGGGAAACAACGGCUUCCCUAAAAGCCGUGAAGACAACGAGUCCCAUGUGUACGCCUCCAUUGAGGACACGCUUGUCUACACCCACCUGCUGAGAAAAGGCGCACAGAUGGGAAUCUACACAGAGUCGGACAUGGACGACCCCUACACGGAGACAACAGUCUCUCCACUAUCUAAAGACGAAAACAACAUUGAGACGGGGGUUUACCAAGAGUAUCCGCAGCAGGGACCCCCACUUCCCAACAGGCCCCCCAGCCACGGCCACACCCUGGUGGACAAUGUGAUUUACGAGGCACAGCGCACCUCGGCUACGAUGGAGGCACGGCUGGAUCCGGAGGGAGGCAACUGAUAGGAUGCGGGAUUUCCACUUGACUUUUUUUUUUUUAACUUGGAGAUCUUCAUUCCUGGAUUGCUUGAGACCUUGUUCUUCCCGCAUGGGUUUUUGCACCAAAUUCACAAACUAGACGUGCUCAGACUUGACUGCUGCUGCCUGCUUUUGUCUUGGCAGUGCUUCUCUUGUGAAAUCAGAACUGAAUCACCGCUUACUUAACAGAAAUGGAACACAUUCCUUUAAAACUCACAAGCUGAUUUUGGGUGGAAGACAGAUAACACACUUUUAAAGACUCAAGACGUGCGGCCGUAACAUUUUACAGUCAACUUUUUGUGUGAGUUUCUUCUCAUCUUUUAGAAUUAAAGACAUUUACACAAACUUUAACUUGGCUUGGACUAAUACGUGCACUGUGUACCCCCAACACGAUUUUUAUAUCCCAAAGUAAUGCCUGAAAGUCACUUUACUAUAAUCCCAAAUGUCUGACAAUGUUUGAAGAUGUUUGAAGAAAUUAAUUUCAUAAUCUGACGUAGGCCUCCUCUGGGUGAAUGAAUAAUUGUGAGGUCAUUUUAUUUGGAUGGUGGAAAAGUUUACGCAAUCCCUUUGUACCUCUUCAUCUGCUUUUGUGACUCAGAAUUUAGACUCGGUGAUGUGUAACAGAAAAUAUAGCCCCCAGCAGAUGUUUGAUAGUUUGUGAUCAUUUUGGCUCUUAACCCCCCCCCCCCACACACACACACACACUCACUCUGCAACCAGCUCACAGUUUACAAGUACUGUAUUCACCGCUUCUCAUUUGUUUUUGUGGUUUGUGUUUUCCAAACAUUUCUCUUCCUACUCGAAUGUUUCACUUUUCUGAGCUCACAGGCCAAAGCAGUGUUGAGUUCAAUUCCUCAAGAAAUGCUUGUUGGUCUUAUCUUUUCCAUGACUGCUCUGGAGACGAAAAUAUUUCGUUUGAUGCUGAAUUUUUGUCCCGAGCAGUGCACAGAAAUGACAUGGAGAAGUUUGUUGUUGUAUGUAUUUUGGUUUAUUAGCUGAUGUUUUAAGGAUAGAAAUCCAAUGGUGUUUACCACGAAAUCUGCCAGUAAAUUAUUUCUUUUGUUUUCUGCUUUGACAAUAAAUGCAGUGUAAAUUCUA